AAAUGUCUCUCAUUUUGUUUCCUUUUGUUCUGCAGCUUCCUCUCCCGGGAGGGUUUAAAGGAGAUUCUCCAACAACUGGAAUGCCAUUUUACAUGGAUGUUGCAAAAGGAGGAUAUCGAUCCCGAUGAAUUGGAGGAAAGGAUUGUUGAGCAGAUCUGGUUCUUAAGCAACAAAUCCAAAGUCCGAAAUUACAACCUGCUGGCCUAUGUGAAAUUCCUGAAUGACCAGAAGGAUGAAGCACUGGAGAACUUACGGAAAGCUGAAGAGGCUGUGCCCGUAGCGUACCCAGGGGAAGAUGAAAAGGAGAGCCUGGUUACGUGGGGCAACUAUGCCUGGGUGUACUACCACCUGGGCGAUCUUACUGAAUCCCAAGCCUAUGUGAAGAAGGUCAAAAGCAUUUGCAAGCAUCAUGGAAGCGAGUCUCCAUAUAAGAUGGAGCUCCCCCAGAUCGACUGUGAAAAGGGUUGGGCAUUCCUAAAAUUUGGAGGAAGGUACUACGAAAAGGCCAAGGAGAGCUUUGAAAAGGCACGGCAAAAAGAACCUGAAAACCCAGAAUUUAACUUGGGCUAUGCAAUCACAGUAUACCGCCUGGAAGAUUAUUACGCAAAAAAGUGUUCAGGGAAAGGGUCAUCACUGGGACCUCUGCGGCUUGCAGUAAAACUGAAUCCUGAUGACGUAUUUGUUGUUCCUCUCCUUGCAUUAAAGCUGCAAGAAACAAACAAAGUGAAGGAAGGAGAAAAGUACAUUGAGGAAGCGCUUAGAAAAUAUCCUGAUGUUCCUUAUGUGUUAAGAUACGCUGCCAAAUUUUACAGGAAGAAAGGUGAUGUAGAGGCAUCGCUGCAACAUUUGAAGAAAGCAUUAAGCUUGACCCCCAACUCUGGAUUCUUGCACCAUCAGGUUGGGAUUUGCUAUAGGACACAGUACUUUGCAUUGAAAAAAGAAGUGUCAAAAGGCAAAUUCCAAUCCAUUCUAAAGAUGAAUGAACUGAAUACGCUUUGCAUUUCUCAUUUUAGUAAAGUGGUGGAGCGUAAAAGCAAGUUUGUCUAUGCUUAUAUUGACCUUGCUCAAAUGUAUGCAGAACAAGGACAGCUACGGAAAGCAGAUGAAACCUUUCAGAAAGUAUCUGCCACGAGCAGUCUAACUUCAACAGAGAAGCAAGAGUUCCAUUUAAAUUAUGGGCGUUUUCAAGAAUUUCACAGAAAAUCACCAUCGGAAGCUAUCAAACACUACCUUGCAGGGCUGAAGAUUGAAAUGGAGUCUUUUCCGAGAGAUAAAUGCAAAUAUAGAUUGAAGAAUUUAGUGGAAAAGAAAAUCAAGAACGGUGAAAGAGAUGCUGAGAGUUUGGGCAACCUUGGAUUUAUUCAUCAACUCAACGGGGAAAAGCAACAAGCGUUGGAAGCCUAUGAAGGAGCCUUGAAGAUUGAUCCUGGAAAUGAAGAGUAUUUCAGUGCUAUCAUGAACUUGAAGUUUUCUUUGUAA